AUACGUCAAAGUCGAAAGGCAUGAAGAUCUUUGUCUACUACGUGACCCGUUCCGAAGAGCUACGUUCACUGGCAGCGGCCGAUCACGUAUGUGACAUGGCGUCCGGGUAGAAGAAAGUUGACUGUUAAAUAAACGUUAAUGUUGUUUUUAUGACAUUAACUAUACGAAAAGGCAACCUCCGAGGCCGCGAAUUUCCCACAGACACUUGCAUUGAUGGUAAUGCAUGCAAGGAAACCACAAAGGAUUAGCGAUGGGUACUUUGAAAAGCACCAGGCCCAUCCCUAUCAGAACGCUAAGUACAGCAGUUCGAAGGGUGGCUAUUCAUCGUCGACCACGUCGUCAGACAGCCGUUACGAGGGUCGGAUGCGCGAUUCCCCCAAUGGAAACUCGUACAGUCCGGCAGGAGGUAUGGGAAUGGGUAUGGGAGCAGACCGAGAUAGUCCCCGUAGCUAUCCAGCAAAACCUCUUUACAAGAAGGAGAGAGAAAACAGAGACUACAAGCUAUCCUCCUCCAGGGACAAGUAUUCAGAUUGUGCACGAUCCCCAAAAGACAAGAGGAGCCGGGAAACCAGGGACUCCGAGCACAGGACCAACCAUGAUAGGAGCGGUGCAGAGAUUUUACAUCCCUUAAAGUUAUCAUCAAACUCAUCACGCGAUUCCUCCUCUCAACGGAAACCAGCACAUAAUUCCUGUCAGGAUAAACGGGGUGAUGAGCGGGGUGGCGUAAUGGAGAGAACCGCACGAUUCGGAGACUGGUCGGAGCACAUGAGCUCGUCUGGGAAAAAGUAUUACUACAAUUGCAAGACGGAAGUCUCGCAAUGGGAGAAACCCAGAGAAUGGAUCAUCCGGACAGAGACUCGGCAGCGCCAAUCCAACGAUUACUCCUCUAGGUCAAGUCACGAUAAACAUUCCAACUCAAGAUCAAAUACUAGCGGUAGCAACGUACGGGAUGGCAAGUCAUCGCGCCAGUCGGAUAAACGAGAGUAUUGGGGCUCGUGUGGUGGAAGUAGCGGCGGUAGUAGCAGGGAAGAUAUUUCAAUUAGAGAACGAGAACGUGACAAAGAACGCGAAAGAGAACGUGAAAGAGAAAGAGAAUCCUGCAGGGAGGAGGUGGGAGUGGAACGCCAGGCACAAGAUAUGGACAUCUCGCCGGGCGACUCCACACCCACCUCGGAACCCCUAACUUCUAGUACUCACGAUACACUGCCACAAGGGCCUGUACUCCUUGCAACUGCACUACCUCGUCUGACUUCGCACCCACCGUCUACACCGCAAACACCUGGAAAGCUGAGUUCUCCGACCCAGCAACAAGGAAACAGUAAUGCCCCGGGACCACCUGUUUCCCUCGCCAGUCUCCCCAGACUCUUAUCCCAAAUCACUGGCAACAAGGAACAACCGGACAUCACGCCACAAAAAGCACUGCAAACAAUACAAACGGCAAUCAUGUUGUCACGCCAAUCAGGGAGCAGCGACAGAGGUAACGGUGGCAACGACGUGAUGGCCCCUCUGAAAGUAGAUACGACAGGUAACGUGGCGAGCGAGGGACCACCGACCCCGACUCAUUCGGAGACCCAGGACUGUAUCGAUGCCCGAAAGUUGACAAGUCCUGGCGGUACAAAUACCGGCGUACAAGCCCUGAGUUCUCUGCAAGGUUUGGGUACACUCUCAUCGUUAGGUAAUCUAGGUAACGGAGGUGGUUUGCAAGCGCUGUCCAGGGUGCAGCCGCCGCUUACCCCAUCCCUCACACCCUCGCUAGCCAAUCAUUACCGAGAGGACCUGACGCAGCAUGUGCGUGCUUUUCCUGCUGACAUCCUCGAAAAACAGGCGCAAAAACUCAGCGAGGAAGCACACACGAUGGGGAGCCUGCAGUGUACACGUGUCUCCGCAGAGCUCAAAACAGCCCGAUCAAUUGUGAGGCUAACGGAGAUCCAGGCAACACUACAGGAACAAAGGAUAUUAUUUCUACGUCAACAAAUUCAGACGUUGGAAGAGUUAAAAUCCCAAAAUUCCUUCAUGUCUGACGAUUCUUAGUGUAAGGGACUUUAUAAUAUACUAUUAAUUACACCCUAUAAUUAUUUGAAGCGAAAAAAAAAAAUAAUAAUAAUAAAAAUAAUUAAUAAUUAAUAAUAAUAAUAAUAAUAAAACAUAAUUAUUAAUAUUCUCAUUAAUAUUGAAUAAUUAAGAUUGUACCUAAAUUAUAAUAAUAUCAUCACCACGACAGAGGAGGUUAGUAGUGAUACGAUAGUGAUUGAUUGCAGUCGGGCUGCUCAGAGAGGAAAAGCCGCUAUGGGUGUCCGUGUUGGUAGACGAGUCUUAUUAUUAUUAUUAUUAUUGCUAUUAUUAUUUUAUAAUUAUUAUGAUUAUUAAUUAUUAAUUGUUAACUAUCCAUACAAGCCUCUCUGAGGAGCGCGCGAGGCCUACACCCGACCAAACAAACAAACAAACAGAAAAAAAAGAAAUGAAAAAAAAAAAAAAUGGAAAAAACGAAGGGGGUGGGAAGGAAAAGAGAAAGAAGAAAAAAAGAAGAAAAAGAAGAAGGAGAAAGAAAAGAAAAUAGAAAAAGGAAAACCACUAAAUUAAAUAGCAAAUGAGUCAACUCUUAUUAUCGGUAUAAUAUCAAUUCAAGUUCUACUGAAAUAUUGUAUACCUGAAUUGUGUCCAAGCUGUCUUUGUAUUUACCUAUGUUGUAUACGUGUCAAUGUUUCAUAUCCCCAAGAAUAAGCGGCAUUUUAACUAGUUGAAAGAAUAAUGAUUAAAUAAUUAAUAAAAAGAAAAAACAAAGGCGAAAAAUGAAAAAAAAAUCCCCAAAAAAAAACACAUAACAAGAAAUGAACAAAAAAAAAAGUAAAGAAGAAAAUGGAAUAACGAUAAAAGAAAAUAAAAUAAACGAAUAAAGAAUGAGAAACUUGGAAAAAAUGAAAAGGGAAAAAACAAACUGAACAAUUUCUGUUGUAAAUCUCGGAAUAAAAUUCGUGCCACAAGUUUACUUUUCUAAUCCAAUGAUUCUUUGACCACCAUUUUUUUUUCUUUCUUUCUUACUUUCUUACACAAUGCACAUAGUACAAUCAUCUCCGGGCCCCGCAUUUAGGUAUGUGUUUUGUGGUUUUUUACGUUUUUUUUUUUUUUUUGCAAACGCUACAUCAAUAAAAAUCAUACAGGCACGCGAGCGUUGUUAUUAUUAAUUAUUCGAUCAGGAGAACGAAGAGGAGGAGUUGAUAUUUUCGGCAGACUUGCGGUGAAAGAAUAGAAAGAAGCGGGAUUGAAAAAAGAGAGAUAAGAAAAAAAGAAUCGAAGAAGAUAAUGGAAAAAGAAAAGUUCGACAUAGUCGAGGAAGCUGAGAUAUAUGUUUCGUGAAAUAUUCGAUUUGUUUUAUUUUUUUGUUUUUCUGUUUCGCUAUUUCUGUUUUUCCUAGACGUGUCAGGUGAUUGAAAAUAAUUGAACAAUCGCUUACGGUUUUUUUCGUAUGCAGAUACCUUCGGCAACGUAACGAUAAACUCUUGUACUCUAGAAUCGUUACCAUGAUUUUUAGUGAAUGUUUUCAAAAUAAAAGAAUAAAAAGCAAAAAAAAAAAGCAAAAAACAAACAAACAAAAAUUAAAUUAAAAGUAAAUGAAUAAUUAAAAAAUAAAAUAAAAAUAUCACUAUUCUUGUAAAUGAAAUAUUCAGUAAAGCUUAGUGCGUAUAACGUAUUUACGUAGUACGUGUACGACGACAAAUUUCAAAAUAAUCGAUUAAAAAAAAAAAAAAAAAAAAA